CGCGCGCAUAAAUUCAACCGACCAACCUUCUCAUGAUCAGUCAAUCGUUGGAACGCGAUUUGUGCGGAAGUUCCCCGUAACGUAACAUAAGUGUAUACAUCGCGAGACUUUUGGAUUCCCAAAGAUCCAUACAAAUAAGUGAAAAUGGCCGAUUCUACAAAAAUUGAACAUAACCCAAAAAUUCUCUCUGGGCCCGUGUUGACCAACUCUCCGAAUGCGGUUCUGUCAAAAACUUUGUUGAGUAGAUACCAGGACCUUCCCCUGGAUGCUGACCAGAUUCUCGCCACCUAUAUCUGGAUCGACGGGACUGGUGAACAUCUGCGUUGUAAAGACAGAACUAUCAACUUUUUACCAAAAGUGCCUAAAGAUCUCCCCGUUUGGAACUACGAUGGCAGUUCGACCGGGCAGGCAGAAGGGCACAAUGCUGACACGUACUUGGUGCCCCGCGCUAUUUAUAAAGACCCAUUCAGACGGGGUAAUCACAUCCUCGUCAUGUGUGACACAUUCAAAUACAAUAUGGAACCAACAGAAUCAAACAACCGAAUAAAGUGUCAGGAAGCGUACGACCAAUGCAAGGAUGAAGAGCCCUGGUUCGGUAUAGAGCAGGAGUACAUUUUGCUCGAUGCUGACUUGAGGCCGUUCGGCUGGCCCCCUGGCGGAUGUCCACCACCGCAGGGGCCCUACUACUGCGGAGUCGGAGCUAACAAAGUCUUCGCAAGAGAUCUUGUUCAGGCCCAUUAUAUCUGUUGCCUGUAUGCCGGAGUUCCAGUAUCUGGCACGAACGCUGAAGUGAUGCCUUCUCAAUGGGAGUUUCAAGUCGGUCCCUCAGUGGGAGUGACUGCUGGCGACGAUUUGUGGGUAGCUAGAUACAUCUUGCAUCGACUGGCCGAGGAGUACGGAGUUAUCGUCACCUUUGAUCCAAAACCAGUAGACGAUUGGAACGGCUCUGGUGCUCACACCAACUUUUCGACAAAGAAGAUGAGGGAAGACAACGGUAUUAUUGAAAUAGAGAAAGCCAUCGAUAAGUUAUCGAAGGCGCACAUGAAGCACAUAAAAGUAUACGACCCUCGCGGUGGGAAGGACAACGAGAGACGUCUCACUGGACUCCACGAGACUGCCAGCAUUAACGACUUUAGUGCAGGUGUUGCUAAUCGUGGUUGCAGUAUCAGGAUUCCUCGUAAUGUUGCUGCAGAUAAGAAGGGUUACUUGGAGGACCGGCGUCCGGCGUCAAACUGUGAUCCGUACUCUGUAAUCAACGCACUCAUGCGCACCUGCGUAUUGAACGAAUAACAAAAAUUACGGUGACCAAAGUGUUAGCUAGCCCAUGCUAUUACUGUGACAUCUGUCAUAUCAAGUCUUAUUCACCUGUCAUAGCUGUGUCACCAUAUCACAUCUACAGUCAAACGUGUUGAGUCUUUUUACGAGAUAUUCGUUUUUAUACAUUUAUAUUAGGUAUACCGUAAAAUUAAUAUUAAAAAUAACUAGAAUCCACUUUACGACGCUUUAAAUAUAAUAUUAGCGUAGAUGCUACAUCCUGCCUUGAAAACAUUUUAAAUGGAAUUUUUUAAUAAUAGGAAGCCUGUAUUUGCAUAAAAUUGGUAGUUUGAUGUGAGCUCUGUUUAAAAUAAUACAUGAAAGCUAGCACAAAGGACCACAUUUUAAUCUAUUAUAAUUAUUAAUUGAUAUACCUAGAGAUAUUUCUACGAAUAUUAUGUGAUAUUUAAACUUUAAUCGUUAUUUUCGUGUUAUAGUUUAUUCAUAAAGAAAUAACCGCAUAUCAUGAUUCGGAUAGAUAGAUAGAUAAAUUGGUUAUUCAUAUAUCAAAUAAAAUAUUAAAUAUUAAAACUACUAACAUGUAUACGAUGAUUUUGUUAAUUUACACUCACUCAUUAUGGGUCACUCACUAUUCUUUCUACAAUCAUUUUAAAUUGUAAUAAAUUUAAAUUGUAAUAAAUAUAUAUCCUGGAUAUCUUGUGUACGGUUUGGCAUAAUAUGUAGUAUAAAUUGUUUCAAUUGACAGAUAGUUCACAGUACCUACUGAUAAUGUUUGCGAUCAUCACACAAUUAUGAAUUAUAAUUAUGUAAGAUGAUUAUCUCUCGCUUUCGACUCAUUCAGAUAAUUCUACGUAAUAUUUGAUAAGGUUAGUUUCCAUAGAGCUUUUUUCUAACAAAGUCAUCGAGUAGUGAUAUUUACACAUUGUCAAAUUAUUUUAGUUAGUAAUGAGAUGUUAAUUAUAUUAGAGUUUUGACCAGAGAUUUUCAAAUCUAAGUAUUAAUUAUCUCUUAAUUAAAACCUGGUUAAAACUCGCAUAGUCUAAGGCACAAUAUGGCGCAAUAAUUUAGAUUUAAUAAUAUUCUAGGGCUAUAUAUUAUGGAUUGACAGCUAGAAUUGUUUUAAAAUGGAAUGUUUCAUAGGUUGAACUCCUGAAACUCAAACAGUAGGUAGUUGCUGUAAAAAUUGGCAACAAAAAGCUGCCGUAUUUUGAGAAUUUUUCUUAAUCAAUUAACUGGAUUCCUAGCAACUCUGAUUACCAUCCAACUCCUUAAAUUUGACUAGAAUGUAACGUAGUUUUGGUCUUAUUUUUUAACUAAAUAAAUAUUAUGUAAUACUUCGAUUAAAUAUAGAUAUUCGCGUUUUAAUUACUUGGAUGGAAUAUAGGUACCCAAUAAUGAAAUUUCACUUUAAUGUCAGACGGUCAGACCUAGAAAUGGAAUUGAAAAUGUUUUAUUCGAUUAAAUUUUUAUGAGCAUGUUAUUAUGAAAUGUUAAACAAAUAAAUAUUGUUGUAUGAAA